AAUAAUAACAAUAACAAUGAUGAUUCAACUGCAAUGACAAAUAUAAAUGAUAUUCUAGAUUCCAAUUCCAAAAUUUUACAAGAUGUAUAUGAAAAAAUCACUCAAAUAGAAAAGAAAUUUAUGGAAUUUGAUUUACAAUAUGAAGAAUUAUGGAAUUUCAAAUUUAUAGCUAAUGUUAAUGCUAUACCAUACAGUAUAUUCAAUGAUGUUGAUAGUGAAAAAUUACCAAUUUUAGAGUUUACUUUUGAAAAUUUAAUACAUUGGGAUGUUGGAAGUCCUGAUGAAGAUUAUAAUUAUGGUUGUACUUGUAAAGAUAAUUGUAAGGAUGUUACUAAUUGUUCAUGUGUUCAACACGGUGAAGUUGAUUAUCCAUUCAAUAAAAAUGGAAAAUUAAUUAGAUCAGAUAUAGGAGCAAUAUAUGAAUGUAAUUCAUUUUGCGGAUGUAAUUUUACUUGUCCUAAUAGAAUUAUACAAAAUAGUAAUAAUUGUAAUAAAAAUUUACAGAUUUUUAAAACUGAAAAUAAAGGCUGGGGCGUAAGAACGUUAAAACCAAUUAAAGAAGGAUCAUUCGUGAUGGAACAUUUGG